AUGGAUACAAGGUUCCAUUGCGUCUACUUGCUUACGAGUCUCGACCCACAGUGUGUGGGGGAGUACUACGUUGGCUACACGGUCAACCCUAUUCGGCGUCUGCGACAGCACAAUGGGGAGCUUGUGAGUGGAGCGUGGCGCACCAAGCGGCGUGGGCGUCCGUGGGAGCUUGUCUGCUGCGUCUCCGGCUUUGGAGAGGACCGCAUCGCAUUGAAGUUUGAGUGGUGCUGGCAGCACCCGACAAAGUCCACCCACCUGAAGGCGCAGAUGCCUCAGCUGCGCGGGGUACACCGCCUUCCAUACGCGAUUGGGGUGCUGCAUCUAUUGCUGCAGGCCGACCUCUUUGUACGGCUGCAGCUUACGCUACACAUUUUUGAGCCGAUGCGCUUUUGGCAAGUGGUGGCGGAGCUCCAGCGACGGAGCCCGUCGCUUCCGCAGUUGGCAGAAACGUCUCUGCUGCGUAUAGAGGAGAUCGCGAAGGAGCGGUUUGUGACCCACUACCUCGCCGGGGCGGAGGGCGGUGGAGAUGUCGCCAUGGACAGCUGCAUCUACUUCAUAACGGCGCAACUCGGCGGCAACCCCGUCAGCCAGCUUGACGUGGACAGUUCUGGCCGCCGUAUGCGGGGCUGCGGGUAUUUGUCAGAGGAAGAGGUUCUUCGGCAGCACGUCAGAGUGAAAGAGUUGCUGGAGGCAAACCAGUGCCCCUGCUCACUGUGUUCCCUGCCCCUUCGAUCACCUUACUUUGUGCGGUGUGCUCGCACCCCGUUCUGUGCUCUGCGUGCUCACUUGACAUGUCUCGCCAUGUGGUUCACGCACGACAGUCUGCGGAAGCGCGAUUUGGUGACGGAUGUGUCCACCAGGCGUGCGUGUAACGGUGGAAACUGUAACACGCAAAGAGAUAAUAAUGGCAGCGAUGACGCCGUGGACACUUUUCUCUCAGCGCGGCCGCUUACUUCUCUUGCUGUGAACAGCGCGGACGACCGUUCGACGACGAGUGCCGCCCCAUCCGUUGAUCUUAGCUACAAUGUUUCUUUGAGUCGGGCGACUCUUUGCGGAUCGUCGCGGUCGCUGACGCUGUUGCCGUGCCAGCCCAGCCCAUGCCCUUUGUGUGAUGAGCCUCUGCAGUGGGGGGCGCUGGUACACGACCUGAAGCGUCGGGCCGUGGUCGAGAGGCGUUUGGUGGAGCGACAGCGGCGGGAGAAGAUGGAUGCGGCACUGGCGGAGCGGCUACGGCGCAUUGAGAGCAACAGCCUGGUUGAACGACAGUGUCACCCUUUGCCGACACCAGCUGCGGGGCCGAGGCGGCCACGCGGGCGGUGCCAUGACGAUGCCGUAGCUGGAGGGGGAAAGGAUGCUGUGGCGAAUCAGCAAGAUCGCGUGUUGGAGGGUGCGCCGCACAGCAAUAUAAAUGACUCUACCAUUUCGUUUUCUCUACCGCUUUGCGGGGAGGAGGAGUCUCUGUGUGGCAACAGCCGUCGUGGGGUGGCUCCUGUUGAACCUGCGGCUCAGGCAAUGAUGGGGAGGAGGUAUGACUCCCUUAGUGACUUGUGCGAUAGCGUUCUGCAGCUGACAGAGUUUAACGUCGAGGAUUGGUUGGAUGCAUGA